AGCAUAGAAUCUGCAAGUGCACAGUUUCUCCAUCCAUUCAUUCGUUUGUUUCCAGGCCAGAUCUCUUGACUUUUCUUCGGUGUUAAGAUUUUCGCACUUGUGAGGAAGGAAAAAGGUCUCAUCUAAUCUGAUCUCAGUAUUUAUUUAACCCACCAAUUUUAAAAGGUAAUUCAAUUGAACAGAGGAAGAAAGGGCAGGAAAAUGGCAGGGGGUGCAGCAGGUGGGUUUGUGACGCGGGCAUUCGAGUCUAUGCUCAAAGAGUGUGCCAACAAAAAAUACACUAAUCUUCAGUCUGCAAUCCAGACUUAUAUAGACAGUGCAAAGGACGUCAGUCAGCAAUCUAAUUCUGGUGAAUCUAACCAGGCAACAUCCUCAGUUGAAGCGACAAGUAAUUUACCUGCAAGUGAUGCUGGAGCUGAAAAAUCUGCGACGGAAUCAGAUCAAUCUAACAAUGCUCCAGCUGCUGCUGAGGAGGUGGAAUCUGCUAGCCGGCCUACCGACAGUGGUGGAUCUAUCACAACAGCCUUAGCUAGUGCGGGGCAUACUUUAGGAGGAGCUCAGGCUGAGCUUGUCCUGAAUCCACUUCGAAUUGCAUUUGAGACCAAGAACAUCAUAGUCAUGGAGCUUGCCCUGGAUUGCCUUCAUAAACUGAUUGGAUACAAUCACCUUGAGGGUGAUCCUGGUCUAGAUGGUGCUAAAAAUUCGCAACUGUUCACUGAUAUUCUCAACAUGGUCUGCAGCUGUGCAGAUAAUUCAUCACCUGACAGCACUACUCUUCAAGUACUGAAGGUGCUUCUUUCUGCUGUAGCAUCGACUAAGUUCAGGGUUCAUGGUGAACCAUUGCUUGGAGUCAUCAGGGUGUGUUAUAAUAUUGCUCUUAAUAGCAAGAGUCCUAUAAACCAAGCAACUUCAAAAGCCAUGCUAACUCAGAUGCUCAGCAUCAUAUUCAGACGGAUGGAAACUGAUUCAGUAACUUCCGCUUCAAGUUCUGUUGCAUGUAAAGAAGCUACUUCGAAAGAUGCGUCAAACACAAAGGUUGAUCAAGUGUCAUCCAGUGACCAGAACGAGCAAGGAAUGAAUCUGGGAGAUGAACUUCAAAACUUUGUUGGCGGCACUGAUAUCAAGGGUUUAGAGGCUGUUCUUGAGAAGGCUUUGCACGAAGAUGGUGAAAAUGUCACAAGAGGAAAGGACCUAGGGAGCAUGAAUAUUGGACAACGUGAUGCUCUACUUCUUUUCCGCACCCUGUGUAAGAUGGGUAUGAAGGAAGAUAAGGAUGAAGUUACUACCAAAACGCGUAUUCUCUCCCUGGAGCUUCUGCAGGGUUUACUGGAAGGUGUUAGUCAAUCAUUCACGAAGAACUUUCAGUUUGUUGACUCGACAAAAGCUCACCUUUCAUAUGCAUUAUUGAGAGCAUCAGUUUCUCAAUCUUCUAGCAUCUUUCAGUAUGCAACAGGAAUUUUCACAGUGCUUUUGUUGCGGUUUAGAGAAUGUCUUAAAGGUGAAAUUGGAGUAUUCUUUCCUUUGAUUGUUCUACGAUCUUUGGAUGGAUCAGAUCUUAGCCAAAAAAUAAGUGUUCUCCGGAUGCUAGAGAAGGUCUGCAAGGAUUCUCAGAUGCUUGUUGAUCUCUUCGUUAACUAUGAUUGUGAUCUUGAAGCACCCAACUUGUUUGAACGCAUGGUAACCACAUUAUCGAAAAUUGCUCAGGGUACUCAAAGUGUGGAUCCAAAGUCUGUUACCGCUUCUCAGAUGGGAUCAAUUAAAGGAUCUUCACUUCAGUGUCUCGUGAGCGUGCUAAAAUCACUGGUUGAUUGGGAGAACUCUCAGAGAGAAUCACAGAAGCAGAAUAUUGGUGAACAGUGUGUUCAAGAACCUUCAACUACAGAAUUGAGUGAAUCAAAAAUCAGGGAAGAUUCCCCAAGUAACUUCGAGAGGUUGAAAGCUCAUAAAUCCACAAUUGAAGCUGCUAUCUCUGAGUUCAAUCGCCAAUCAAGGAAAGGCGUACAAUAUCUGAUGUCCAGUGGGUUGGUGGAAAAUACACCAGCUGCAGUUGCUCAUUUUCUGAGAAAUACUCCCAAUUUGGACAAGGCAAUGAUUGGUGAUUACUUAGGUCAGCACGAGGAGUUUCCUCUGUCUGUCAUGCAUGCUUACGUAGAUUCCAUGAAAUUUUCUGGGAUGAAGUUUGAUGUUGCAAUUCGUGAGUUCCUUAAAGGAUUCCGACUUCCAGGGGAGGCUCAGAAGAUAGAUCGUAUAAUGGAGAAGUUUGCAGAGCGUUAUUGUGCAGACAAUCCUGGUCUUUUCAAGAAUGCAGACACGGCAUAUAUUCUUGCGUAUGCUGUUAUAAUGUUGAAUACUGAUGCUCAUAAUCCGAUGGUGUGGCCAAAAAUGUCCAAAAGUGAAUUUGUACGAAUCAAUGCUAGGGAUGAUGCUGAAGAAUGUGCUCCUCAGGAACUCCUAGAAGAGACCUAUGAUUCUAUCAUCAAAGAAGAGAUAAAAAUGAAAGAUGAUCCUGCUGGCAUUUCUAAAAGUAGUAAGCAUAAGCCAGAAGUAGAGGAGAGGAGCCGACUUGUUAGUAUUCUUAAUUUAGCUCUUCCCAGAAGGAAUUCUUCAACUGAUUCAAGGUCCGAAAGUGAGGCAAUUAUUAAGCAAACACAAGCUAUUUUUCGGAACCAAGGAGGAAAAAGGGGAGUUUUUUAUACUUCGCAUCGCAUUGAACUUAUCCGUCCCAUGGUUGAAGCUGUUGGGUGGCCAUUGCUUGCUACUUUUGCUGUUACUAUGGAGGAAGGAGAUAACAAACCAAGAGUAAUUCUUUGUAUGGAAGGAUUCAGAGCAGGUAUACACAUAACACAUAUUCUCGGAAUGGAUACAAUGCGUUACGCGUUUUUAACUUCUCUGAUCAGAUUUAAUUUCUUACAUGCACCAAGGGAUAUGCGUAGUAAGAAUGUAGAAGCACUUCGCACACUGUUGGCUUUAAGUGACACUGACACUGAUGCUCUUCAAGACACAUGGAAUGCAGUCCUGGAAUGCAUUUCUCGCCUUGAAUAUAUAACAUCGUCGCCUGCUGUGUCUGCAACUGUCAUGCAAGGAUCAAAUCAGAUAUCUAGAGAUGCCGUUGUUCAAUCUCUGAGAGAGUUGGCUGGAAAACCGUCUGAACAAGUCUUCGUGAAUAGUGUCAAAUUGCCCAGUGAAUCUGUGGUGGAGUUCUUUAAUGCUUUAUGUGGUGUCUCAGCUGAGGAAUUAAAACAGAAUCCAGCACGCGUGUUCAGCUUGCAAAAGCUUGUCGAGAUCAGCUAUUACAAUAUGGCUCGUAUACGCAUGGUUUGGGCCAGAAUAUGGUCUGUCCUGGCGAAUCAUUUUAUCUCCGCUGGGAGUCAUCGCGAUGAAAAAGUUGCUAUGUAUGCCAUUGAUUCUCUACGACAACUUGGUAUGAAGUAUUUGGAGCGUGCAGAACUUGCGAACUUCACUUUCCAGAACGAUAUUUUAAAACCAUUUGUCAUUCUUAUGAGAAGCAGUCGAAGUGAAUCUGUACGGAGGCUUAUAGUGGAUUGCAUUGUUCAAAUGAUAAAAUCUAAAGUUGGAAGCAUAAAGUCUGGCUGGCGAAGUGUGUUUAUGAUUUUCACUGCUGCUGCGGAUGAUGACUUGGAACCAAUUGUUGAAAGUGCAUUCGAGAAUGUAGAACAGGUUGUCUUGGAACACUUUGAUCAGGUUGUUGGAGACUGCUUUAUGGAUUGUGUCAACUGCCUGAUUGGAUUUGCCAAUAAUAAGAGUUCUCACCGGAUAAGUUUAAAGGCUAUUGCACUCCUCCGAAUAUGCGAGGAUCGUCUUGCGGAGGGCCUUAUACCAGGUGGUGCUCUGAAACCAAUUGAUACUCACGCGGAUGAAACUUGUGAUGUCACUGAGCACUAUUGGUUCCCGAUGCUGGCUGGUCUUUCUGACCUGACUUCGGAUCCAAGAGCAGAAGUCAGAAACUGUGCACUUGAGGUUUUGUUUGAUUUGCUAAAUGAGAGAGGUAGCAAAUUCUCCUCAUCAUUUUGGGAAAAUAUUUUCCAGCGGGUCCUGUUUCCCAUCUUCGAUCACGUUAGACAUGCUGGAAAAGAUAAUUUUAUCUCUUCUGGUGAUGAGUGGCUCCGGGAAAGUAGCGUUCACUCUCUCCAGUUGUUAUGCAACCUUUUCAACACUUUUUACAAGGAUGUGUGUUUUAUGCUGCCUCCACUGCUCAGUUUGCUGUUAGAUUGUGCCAAAAAAACAGAUCAAUCGGUUGUUUCCAUAUCUUUGGGUGCAUUGGUGCAUCUUAUUGAAGUUGGAGGACAUCAGUUUAGCGACAAUGACUGGAAUACUUUGUUGAAUAGCAUAAGAGAUGCUUCAUACACAACACAGCCCCUGGAGCUGCUCAAUGAUUUGGGUUUCGACAAUUCAAAGCAUCAUAAAAUAUUCGCAAGAGUUUCAGAUGCCGCUUUUGGUGUUAAUCCUUCAUUAUCUAGUGGAAGUAACGCAUCAGAUAAUAAUCAUAAUAACAUAUUUGAAAAUGGGGAUACAGUGGGAAUAAUGUCCUCAAAUGCCAGUAUUAAUAACAAUUCGCUGGAUCAUAAUCCAGAGAUGGGGCUUCGAGCAGAUAUGGAGGGAUCUGAAGGCAUGCCGUCACCUUCUGGAAGAGCUACAAAACCCACUGAUGGUGGAGGCCUACAACGCACUCAAACAAUAGGUCAAAAAAUUAUGGGAAAUGUGAUGGAAAACAUUUUUGUGAGAAGUUUUACCUCAAAACCAAAGUACCAUACCCCUGAUAUUCUGUCACCAUCUUCUCCAUCCAAGUUACCUGAUGCUACAGAACCUGAUGCCAGAGAAGAGGAGGAGAGUCCAAUGCUGGGAACCAUUAGGAGCAAAUGCAUCACACAGUUAUUACUUUUAGGUGCUAUUGAUAGCAUUCAGAAGAAAUACUGGAACAAGUUGAAUGCAUCACAGAAGAUCACCAUAAUGGACAUUUUGUUCUCCGUCUUAGAGUUUGCCUCAUCAUACAACUCAUAUACUAACCUCAGAAUGCGGAUGCACCAAAUUCCUGCUGAAAGACCACCACUAAAUCUUCUUCGCCAGGAGUUAGCUGGAACAUGCAUCUAUCUGGAUAUCUUACACAAGACGACAGCAGCAGUUGAUAUUGAAAACGAGGAACAUGUUAAAGAAGAGAAAAUUCAAGGAGUAGCUGAAGAAAAGCUUGUGUCUUUUUGUGAACAGGUUCUAAGGGAGGCAUCUGAUUUUCAAUCUAGCAUGGAGGAUACCGCUAAUAUGGAUAUUCAUCGAGUUCUAGAACUACGGUCUCCAAUUAUUGUCAAGGUGCUGAAAGGCAUGUGUGAUAUGAACUCCCAGAUAUUCCAAAAUCACCUCAGAGAUUUCUAUCCAUUUAUUACGAAACUCGUCUGCUGCGACCAGAUGGAUGUACGUGGAGCGCUUGCAGAGCUUUUUAGUAAGCAAUUGAACACAUUGUUGGUGGCAUAGGGAAUUAUGAGUGGGAUUCACUUGAGUUUACUUCAGAGCUAAUCUUUCCUUUGGCGGAGUAAAUGGGGAUACCUUUCCCGGAAGCAUUGCUUACUUUUUUCCUCCAUUGGUCGUAUAAUUCCAUUUUGUGACUGUUCUUUAUCCUUUUUUCAUGGUUAAGCUGUAUGAAUAUCGCUUUAGAUUUUGGUGGACGACGUAUAUGAGAUGGAAUAGAAUUAGCAGCUAUCUUGUGGUUCCUGUUUUGGAUGCCUAGUGUAUUGUGGCAUCUCAGUGUAACAAAUGGGAGUGGAUUUUAUUAUUGGGUUUGAAUUUCGGAUAGUGAAGGUUGGAUGUAUGUGAUGUGGUAUUUGCCUGAAACAAGAGUAUCCAUUUUUGAAAUAUAGUAGUUACAGUACCACUAUUAAAAUUUUAGUUUCUUUUU